AGCUAGUCAGUCGUACGCCAGACCAUCGUCGACGUACAUUAUAUUGUGCGCCGUAAACACAUACCGACCGAUACCGUGUGUUAUCGUGUAUUGAUAUCUGACUUCUUAGAAAAAAUCGGGUUUCUCUCCGAGGACUAUAAAUACCCUAGAGUUAAUUAUUGCAAAAUAAAAAAAAACUAUAAUUAAAAAUAAUAAUUGAUAUAAUUCGACUCGUGGAGUUGCGAAAUAUUUUACUGUGAAUUGUUAAACAAUUAAUAAAUACUAGAGGUUUUUUUUUGUAUUAUGAGCGCCGCAUUUGGCGACUCGUGAUUUGCAAUUAACCCGGGUAAACAAUGAACGUGAUAACGACUCUAUUAUGGGCUGCGUUCAUGCUGCCAAUCCUAUCAUCUGGUUACAGGACGGUUCGCACUUCUGGUCCGUCCGGCCCGUUACCGGUAACCGUGCACGUACGGGCUACAGGGACUCUUGGUUCUGCCGCUGCGGCUAACAGGACCUUUGCUGCUGCUACUGUGAUCACACCAGUACCAAUACCAGCAGCAUCAUCGACAAUGUUCUCGAUGACAAGUUCUGCAUCUAACCAGACAAGAAACCAAACUAGAUCGGAAAGGUUGAGAGCAAGAGAACAGUACCUAUUCAACGUGUUUGAAGUUAUUGUUUCUACUUUGGAAACAAAACUUCAGCGAAUAGAAAAUUUGGAUAAAGCAGUAGAACACUUGAUGCGUCGAGUAGAGGCUCUCGAUUCUAGAGUAACCAACAAUAUAGAUAAAACGGAGGCGGUUAUUGGUAAGUUGAGGAAUUUGGAUACAAAACUCUUCCAGAAAGAAUCUGGUACGUUAGGUCAUCAUAUAGAAUCACGAUUGACUGCUUUGGAUAAGAAAGUAGGCGAUAUCGAUUCCAAAUUGGUAGGACUAAAGAGUCAACUGGACAACAAUUUCUUAGCUCCAGUUGAUGAUAUUAAUGCUGAAGCUAGCGAAAAGAAAACGGUUAACGUUCACCAAAUUGACGUUUCCAAACUUCUCAAUGCUGAACUUGACGCUAUCCGAGCGAAUACGGCUAACAUUGAUCGUAAACUUCAAUACCAUAUUAAUGUCGUAACUGAUGGAUUGGGAAAAAUGAUGACUAUGAUGACAGAUGUACAUGGAGCAAUCGUAGAACAAGAAAAUGUUAGGUCUGGUAACAAAACGACCACAACGACUCAGGCACCUCUUGAAAAAACUAACAAGAUUGAUCGGUUAGUAAGACAGAUGCACCCUAUACUGAGCGUUAGUGAAAAAAUGGAUGAGGUAUGGAACGUGGUCGUCGGCACAAAGAGUUCCGUUGACGAUUUGGUACCAAAGUCCAAUGAGCUUCUUACCCAGACCCAACGCCAAGAACGUGCCAUCAGUGAUAUACAUGAUGAUUUGCGAAUGAAUACUAACAAGAUAAUUGCCAAUUUAGAUGUAGUUGAACGUAGACUCAAGAAACAAGAAGAUGAUGUUGUGACCUUAGCUCAGCGUCCAGUAUCACCGGAACUCCUCCGCUUAGAUCCUACUAUCGAUGAGUAUGGAAGAUAUGACGAACAAUUAGCCGAAUCAACUCCAUUAUCAGCUGCCACUGUAACGUUUACAACACCAUCUACUAUAGGUUUAGGUCCUUCAUCGGGAGCUCCACCAGACCUUCAGCAGCUCGUACAAACAGCACGGAAUCCUCCCAAAAAUCGAGGUGUAGUUUUUCCCAGUGUCAAGAACAAGCCACCACCGGCUAAUAUAAGUUUUCUUACUGACCAGUUUAAUAGAGAAGUAAAAGGAUAUUCAUGCUUGGACUUAUUGAAUGCUGGAAUGAAGCAAAAUGGAGUGUAUUAUCUACAAAUUCGAGGAACGGCGUACUGGUACCUAAAGGUGUUUUGCGAACAGGAGAUUGCUGACGGUGGAUGGACGGUUAUCCAAAGGAGAGACGAUUUUAGUGAACCUAUACGUGAGAACUUUAACAGAGAUUGGACGGAUUAUAAGAACGGGUUCGGUGAUCCUACCAAAGAGUUUUGGAUGGGUAAUGAGAAUAUUUAUAUGCUGACCAGUAAUGACGAAUAUAUGCUGAGAAUUGAAUUGGAAGAUUUUGAAGGCAACAAAAGAUACGCUCAGUACUCACAUUUUAAAAUUUAUUCGGAAGCUGAAUACUACAAAUUAGAAAUAGACGGUUAUGAAGGUAAUGCUGGUGAUUCAUUAAAUGAUCCUUGGUAUGGUAGCAACAACAGUCCGUUUUCCACUUAUAACAGGGACAACGAUAGAUCGAGUUUGAACUGUGCGUCUAUGUUGAAAGGUGGAUGGUGGUGGAAGUCAUGCGGUAGAGGUUUAAAUGGUUUAUACUUGACCGAUCCUCAAGAUUUAACUGCUAGACAAGGAAUUGUUUGGUUCCGCUGGAGAGGAUGGGAUUAUACACUGAAAAAGGCACAAAUGUUGAUUAAGCCAAAAGCCACCAUUAUUUCACCAUUGCCUGUCUCCAAUGCAGUUUAACAUAAAAAUACCAAAUAGUCAUAUCGAAAAAACUUUUUAUUUUUUCGUGUUAAAAUUAAUUAAGAGAAUAAUUUCUGUAAGUACCAAUGGUUAGGCUCAAGUCUAUAGUUAUAAUUACAUUUUUAAUUUCUUCUAUUCAUCUCAAAACGUAUCAAAUAACGGUAUAUUAUCUGUUUUGACCGAAUCAGAAGGGUAAAGAAAAUGAAUGUAAAAAUGUAUUUAUUAUUGUAAAUAUAUUUAAAAGUGCCUUAUAUUAUAAUAGUUUAUAAUUAUAGCGUAUAUAUAUAUUUUUUAAAGAACAACAGUUGUUAAAUCAUAUUUUUAAACUUUGUUAAUAAUGUUAUUCAAUAUUUUAUAACCAUGUUUAAAUUAGCCAUUGAAUUUCAAAGUAUAUUUUUUUAUUAAGUUCUUAAUUCUCAGUUAUUAUACUUGAAAAAAUUUUUAUAAAAAAAUCAAACAUAUUGUAAUAUUUCUAGUAUCGUUAAAUUCAUCAUAAUCAUGAAAUAAACUAUUUAAUUGGAUUGUAU